AUGUGUGGCACGCAACCUGUCGNAAAAUCAAAUAAUCUGGAGAAAAUAAAGAAAUCGCAAUUAGAAGAGGAUUGCAUUUCAUUAUCAGAUAAAGAACAUAAAGAAAUUAAUGAAGUGUUACAGUCAACAAAAAAUAUUUCGGAUUUACCUGAUAAAGAAAUAAUGACUAUAUUAAGGCAUUUUGAUUGUAAAGGUUUGAAAACUGAAACUAUAAAAAGUUUCAAUUUAAAAGUCAAUGCAGAUUAUUCAAGACUUUUCUUUCCAAUGAAUGGAAUUGAUGGUGAAAUUACAGCAGUGAAAAUUCUUUCAAGGAUAAAUCAUCAAUUUUUUCAAGAUUUAAUUAUUCCAAAGUACAACAAAAGAAAAGUUGUCGCUUUAUUUGGUUGGCCUAAAAUUUCAAAAAAUCAAGAAAUUGUUUUAACUUCAACCCCAUUAGAUGCUAUUGCUAUCAGCCAAGAAACAAAUAUUCCAGCUAUUUCAUUUCCAAUAGGAUUAUCAUCACUAUCUAAUGAA